CUCAAAGAUGAUGACAUCAUUUUUAUAAAAGAGCAAAUCGGAGGUCCCUUGAAGACCACAGGCAAAGCUGUGCGUUACUCAUAUCGUCUUUUCAAUUAAUUCACAUUUUCAAAUCUAUUUGUAUUUUGUUAGUUGCUUGUGUGUACAAGCUUAUCAACGGAGAAUUCAAAAUAUUAACAACAAAGCAAAAUAAAUGAAAUUUGAGAAAUAUAUCUGUAAUUUGUCAUGUAUUUUAAAAGAGUGAAAAGAUGUUGCCAAAAUAAUCAAUUUUAAUAUGUACCAGUCAUAUGUACAGUUUAAACAUGUUUUAAAACAUAUCAUUUAAAGUUUAAAAAAAAAUCAUAUGGUCAUUUUAAAACGCAUUUUAUUAUCAAUAUUUUGGCUAAGAGUUAUAGUAAUAGUAUAUUUAAAUUUGAUUUGAAAAAUAUUUGACAGGACUGGCCAUAUAUAGGGAGGAACGAAGAUAAAGCAUUUCUGUAUGAGGUAAGAAUGUAUUUAAUACUCUUUUUAAUUCUAUUCUAAAGAACAUUUUAGGUAUACAGCAUUAAAUGUAAGGUUAUAAAUUUAAAAAAAAAAAAGAACAAUUAUUUUAACUUUAAAAAUUGUUUGAUGUUAUACAAUAAAGAAUAUAAUACUUGGAAUAACAUGCUGGUAUUACCUAAUUGAAACAGUUAGACAACAUAUAAUUCUGAAAUUAAACCUUGUGAAUUGCAUUACAUAACAAAUAAUGUCAAUAAAGAUGUAUAUAUACAUAUAUAAAUACAUAUGACUUAACAGCCAGGUUCGAAUGAAUUAUAAUAAUAAAUUUUAGAGGAGGCUCUUUAAAUAUAUUGUAAAUAUAAAUUUAUCGAGAAUAAUUGUCUAUAAAGUACAACAGUUACCCUUUAAAAGGAUAAGAUAACCUUUAAAAAAAUUAACAGUUGUACCAUGUAAAAUGUUAACUACAUUUGGUAGGUAUUGAAAAUUCUGUUAUUAUUUUGUUGACCAGUCUCAUCAUAGAAUCACAUUUCAUUUUAUUACCAGAUUUAUCUUGAAUUUAAAUUUAUUCACGUGGCUUGAACGCAAUCCCUACUAUGUUAUCCUUCAUCUUGAAACGAAAUCUCAUUUAAAAAAUCAUGUACAUAAUAGUUACAAUUAUUUAUCAUUCGGGACAUUCAAUUUUUAAAAAAAAAAAUUAUUGUAUAUUUAAAAAAAAUAUUUUUUGGAGACCAUGUAGGAUCUCAUGACAACCCCCAUAUCAUAUAAUAUAUGAAUUAUUAAGUGACCUCUUAAAAUCGUUUAAAUAAACACCCAAGAUUUUAAAGCAAAAUAUUCGUGCGUUCCAAAUGGUUCUAUACAAUUUUUAAGACUAUACAAAUUGUUUCUUCAUAAUAAACUUCAUUAUAUAUAAAUUGUCCCCUACAAUUUAUCUAUAUUAAUAUUUAAGGUAAUAUUUAACAACUUUAAAUUGCUCCAUAAAUUGCCAAGAUUUUAAUUCAAGUUAAAUCAUUUGAAGAACCCCUAUGUUGAAAGUUAUUAUAACAAUUACUAGCCCCGUGCGCCAUCACAAGAUCGAAAAAAAAAAUUAAAUCCAAUGUUAGUUUUAUUAUAAGAUAGGACAACUCUUGACGUAUUAUCUGUAUCGGUCAAAAGUAUUAAAGAUAUAAGUAAAUAAAUAAAUACAUUCAGAAAUGAAAUUAAAACAAAUCACACUGUGAUCUUUAUUUAUAAUCUAGGGUCAAGGUAACUUUAAAUUAUGUAAAUAAUUUGAGGUCCCAAGUAGGGUCUAGCGAAAAGGGCCAUGUCAUGAUCACUUAAUGGGCCAUGUCAUGAUCACUUAAUGGGCCAUGUCAUGAUCACUUAAUGGGCCAUGUCAUGAUCACUUAAUGGGCCAUGUCAUGAUCACUUAAUGGGCCAUGUCAUGAUCACUUAAUGGGCCAUGUCAUGAUCACUUAAUGGGCCAUGUCAUGAUCACUUAAUGGGCCAUGUCAUGAUCACUUAAUGGGCCAUGUCAUGAUCACUUAAUGGGCCAUGUCAUGAUCACUUAAUGGGCCAUGUCAUGAUCACUUAAUGGGCCAUGUCAUGAUCACUUAAUGGGCCAUGUCAUGAUCACUUAAUGGGCCAUGUCAUGAUCACUUAAUGGGCCAUGUCAUGAUCACUUAAUGGGCCAUGUCAUGAUCACUUAAUGGGCCAUGUCAUGAUCACUUAAUGGGCCAUGUCAUGAUCACUUAAUGGGCCAUGUCAUGAUCACUUAAUGGGCCAUGUCAUGAUCACUUAAUGGGCCAUGUCAUGAUCACUUAAUGGGCCAUGUCAUGAUCACUUAAUGGGCCAUGUCAUGAUCACUUAAUGGGCCAUGUCAUGAUCACUUAAUGGGCCAUGUCAUGAUCACUUAAUGGGCCAUGUCAUGAUCACUUAAUGGGCCAUGUCAUGAUCACUUAAUGGGCCAUGUCAUGAUCACUUAAUGGGCCAUGUCAUGAUCACUUAAUGGGCCAUGUCAUGAUCACUUAAUGGGCCAUGUCAUGAUCACUUAAUGGGCCAUGUCAUGAUCACUUAAUGGGCCAUGUCAUGAUCACUUAAUGGGCCAUGUCAUGAUCACUUAAUGGGCCAUGUCAUGAUCACUUAAUGGGCCAUGUCAUGAUCACUUAAUGGGCCAUGUCAUGAUCACUUAAUGGGCCAUGUCAUGAUCACUUAAUGGGCCAUGUCAUGAUCACUUAAUGGGCCAUGUCAUGAUCACUUAAUGGGCCAUGUCAUGAUCACUUAAUGGGCCAUGUCAUGAUCACUUAAUGGGCCAUGUCAUGAUCACUUAAUGGGCCAUGUCAUGAUCACUUAAUGGGCCAUGUCAUGAUCACUUAAUGGGCCAUGUCAUGAUCACUUAAUGGGCCAUNUUUUUUUGCAACUAAGUGUUGCACAGGGGCCAUAACUUUUAGGGGGACAUAUUUUUGUUGUUUUUUUGCAACUAAGUGUUGCACAGGGGCCAUAACUUUUAGGGGGACAUAUUUUUGUUGUUUUUUUGCAACUAAGUGUUGCACAGGGGCCAUAACUAUUAGGGGGACAUAUUUUUACUCAAAGAAGAACCCAAUCAACAUUUUUAGACAAAUAUUAAGUUAAUAUGUAAAAGUUGUCUAAUUAAAAUCGUUUGAAAAAUAUCACAGAAUUAGUCUGCCCAUGUUAACAUUGCCUCCGUCCUGCCAUGAAAUAAAGGGAAAAAAUCAAAUGCAAAAUUGAUCAUUUGAAGUGGUGCCCUAUUAAAAUAUUUAAAAAAAAAAACUCAAGGUAAAGUUUAAAAGUUUUCUCUUUGAUAUAGUUGAAACAUACCAGAGAAAUAAACCGUUUAUUGACUAAAAGUUGGACAUUAUCGCAAAAUGAAGUGACAUAGCCAAUGUUACUUUGAGGAAAUGGAUAACCAAGAUUAAAAACAUGUCACUGUGUUGAUCAGGAUCAUAAGGUGCAUUCAUCAAUUCACAUAGAAGUCUGCACUAAAGUAAACGCGUAUUAAUAUCGUUCAUGAAUAUGUGGAAAACAAUUUGCGGCCCCAAUAGGUCAAACAGAAAUAGGCCAUUCGAAAUGUUUGAAAAAAAAAAAUGAGGUUGUCGGCUUUUUCACUUUAACGCCGGUCAGUUAUUCUUCCUUUGUCUUAUGUUUAGUUUAAUCCAAGCAUCAUUUAUUACCGCGUUUCAAAUGAUGGACUCAAAUAAUGCGAUCCCUAAAUUGUUGUUUUUUGUAAAAAAAGAUAAAUAAACGUACAUGUCCCUGAUUUAUGCGAUCAAAUAAUCUUGUUAAAUAAAAUGAAUAAUAAUAAAAUAUGCCAAAAGUGAAACACAUAUCUCAAAUCCCUUUAAAUUAGUAUAAUAUUUAAACAUGAACUGCUGUAGUAUGACUCCGACCAUGCUGAUACAACGUAAGAGGCGCUGCUUUCAUUCACCUUUUUACCUUAUGAUACAAAGUAAUCUUGGUCAAAUAGGUAUUACCCUAAUAAUAAAUUUGCUUUAUUCCAUCAGGAAAUAACGUGCCAAAUCUUGUUAUUAAUGUAUAUUCCAUAUAGAUUAUAUCUGUAGUGUUACUAUUAUAGAGUAAACGAGAAACAGCGAUGUCUGAGAUACCAUCAUGGCUAGGGCUAUUGAAAUGUUUGGAGAUCAGACAGAGAGCUUGUUUAUUUAUGUUAUAGAGGCGUUCUCUAAGCCGGUCUCCAAGGCAACGACCUGUCUCUCCUAUGUAUAAUUUACCGCACUUUUUUGCAAACCGGCAGACAAGGGUGGAGCUGUUGUUGUUCGGGAUAAGAAUCUAUACAUUGAAGAGGCCUCCAAACAGUUACAAGAUAAAACCUUUUACACGCCGAGUUCCAAUGACUCCAUUGUCCAGAAUAAUGACAUUUUCAAGGACACUAUCGAAUAAUUUGUUCGUGUGUUAUUAAUUUAUUCUAAAUCUUUAUUGCAGUCUAACACUUUUUAUAAUUAAAUAAUAGAUAUUUUCAAAAGAACUAUAACAUUUCGAUUCACAAGCAAAAUUAUAAAAAAAAUAUUUUGCAAGCAAAGUUUCUCAAAUAAUAUCGACACAAGACGCAUUGACAAAUCUAUUACAUGAGUGGCGAAUAUUUUGGCUCUUGAUCAACUUUCUAUUUAUUCGUUUCAUCAUUUGUCUUUUCUGCUAAGGAAGGCUCUUUGCUUCUUCUUUUAUAGGCCUUUCUUUAUAAUUCAAGCUUUCACAUUCAUUGUUCUAGUAUAAACUUUCAGCUUUAAAGUCGACCUUUAUUUAUUGUCAUUAAUCAAUAAACAGAUUCCAAAGCAUAAAUCGUAAAAAAAAUUUAAAAAAUGACAAAUUCAAUAAUAACUUUGAAUCCUGAAUUUGUGUAUAGUAAACUUUACAUUGUAUACCCAAGUGCGUCAUUUCUGGGGUUUUUAGGGGGUGAUAGAACCAAAAGUUGAUCGGCUUGUUAAAUUGUUUAUUACUGCAUGCGCAUCUCAAACAUGCUGGAAUAUAAAAUGCACCACAAACCAUUGAUAUUAAAAGAUUGCACAAAAGUACAUUUUGUUCCAUGCGAGGCAAGGCAGCUGACACUGUACAGUGUACAGCAAACACUAAAAAGCAACUAUAUCCAAAAUUUUGUCUUUUUGAAAUUUAUUUAGGAAACCUCGAUUGCCUAAGAGAAUUUAUAUAUAUUUAAAUUUACGAAAUGUAUACCUGUGAAGACAAAAUUUUCAAAAUGGAAAACACAUUAUGACAUGAACUGCAAAAAGCAACAUUUUUAACUUAAGACUCACGGAUAGAGGAAAAUGAUUAAUCCAAAAUGAUCUUCUCAAUGUAAAAGGAGUGACAUCUUUCAAUGACCUAAGAAUCUGCAAAGGGAAUCCUAUCCCUUUUUCAUCUUUCCAGUAAGUAUAUAUUGCACAGGCUAUAAUUAACGAUGACUCAUUAUGGGAUACUGGUCUAACAGAAGCUGCAAGCCAUCAAAUUCAAGUACAACUGUGUAUGAUGUCUGAACAAUCUGAUACAGGAGCAUUAUUAGACAGACAUAACCAUAAUGAGAGUCUUUUGGAAGACUAUAAGAGAUUCUUUUUUUUUUAGAAAAUAGUUCUAUAACAUUCAAGGAAACUGAAUCUGUCCAACGAAGAAAUGGAAAGUUUUUUGGAAGAUUUUGCCUAGAACUUUCAGACGGUAAUAUUACAAGCAAAUUCUUUCUGGAAAAAAAAUAUCACCAUGCAAAAAGCUAAGGAACAAUUUCAAAUAAAUGCUUAACUUGUGCCAAGUAUAAAAGCAAUUGAAAACCAUAACUUACCUAAAAGUCUAUUAUUUUUAAAAUAGUUAACGACAGUAAAAUGGCUCAUUAACAACUAACUCUGAAAUCACAACACACAAUUUUUAGUGAAUAUCCAUACUCGACAAAAAUCACUUAUCUUCAGUAAAUUAUAUAUUUAAUUACGAAACGGAUCUAUUUCGGGACUGUAGUGGAUAUACGAAAUUAUGUUCUCAUUUUAACGUGUUGCUACUAAAAUAUCGCCGUCUUCAUUCUAUUUUUUUCAGAUUGUGUGCAAUCAACGUAAUGGAAUAGAUGUGAACAAAUGGGAUUCUUUGGCAAGAGAUUGUCACCAUCUUGGCUUUCACAACAAUUUUGACUACGCCCGAUACAUGAUGUUUGCUCGAGUAAUCGAAGAAGAUGGCG